GGUCACACGGCGUUUAGUACGCGUCUGACUGCGCUGGAAGAUGACGCUACGUCGGUCCGACAUCUCAACAAUGUCACUAGAAAAAAGAGUACUCACAGAAAUCAUUCAUCUGUACAGAGAAUUCCCAUGCUUAUGGGACAACAGACAGGUUCUGUAUUCCAACAAAGAAGCAAGAGAACAGGCGUACGAAGUAUUACUUGAAAAGUACAGAGUAUUGCAAGAAGACGCGACAAUACUUGACCUCAAAAAGAGAAUUGAAAAUAUGCGUUGCUGUUACAGAAGAGAACACAAAAAGGUGCUAUUGUCUCGAGUAAAUGGCGACGACCCUGAACAUUUACCUCAACUUUGGUACUAUGAAUUAAUGUUCUUCUUGAAUGACGUCAUGGACUUCAGCAGACUCGAAUCAAUACCACGAGAAAACAGUGAUGAAACGUUAAAACUUGAAUUCGACGAUUCGCCGCCUAAAAUACGUGUGAAGAAGAGAAAAGCGAUCAGUAUGUCGACGAUCUAUUUGCCAGAACAACAAGAUAGCGACGAGGACGUGGAUCACGCGGACAGCGACGUGAUGCCGCUCAACCCAGAUAACAACCACAACUCGCUCACCACACUAAAUGUCAACGGAGUCACCGAGUCAGAAGCAUUCGGCACAACCGUCGGCCUUCAAUUGAAAGAACUCGACCCCAUGCAAAGAGUUAUAUCCGAAAAACUAAUCUCGGACAUAAUAUUCAACGCGAGAUUAAACAGACUAUCCUUAAGUUCUAACGUAAAUAUCUAGUACUUAAUUUAUAUUUUUGUCUACUGAUUGAGUACAUAUAUUUUGUAAUAAAUAAAAUUUCUUUUAUUAAA